CUGUCUGAUCUGGAAGUGACAGACAGUGAAGAGGAGGAGGGUGAGUCAAGGCUGCCGAUGAACGAGCAACAAGUGUGUUAGAGCGAAACUGUUAAUUAGAUAAAACUACAGUUCAAACUACGUCUGUUUGGAUUAAAACUGACACCUAUUAACGAGCUUGGAGUUGGAUAUAGCGGUUUAAAAGGGUACGUGGACGGUUGAGACACGGAGCUGAUGGUAUCAUGGCCGCCAUGUUUACUGAGUUACCCUCCUAGACUUCUCAUUAUCUCAGCAUAACAUAACCAACACACUCGUGGAGCUACUUAAACACACACUUGUUGCGCCACGUGUGGGAGGGAUGACAACCUCCCAUCUGAAUGGUCAUGUUGCCGGGGAGGGAGGAGAUGAAGAGCUGAGGGGAGGACAGCAUCACCGGGAAAUGGCCGUUGACUGUCCAGGAGAACUCGGCAGUCGGACGUUGCCUGUCCGACGAUCGGCCCAGCUGGAGAGGAUAAGACAACACCAGGAGGACCUUCGGCGUCGUAGAGAGGAAGAAGGUCGGCAACUGGAUUUAAACGCCUCGCUGAGACUCAGGAAGCUCUCCCAGCAUCCCCACAUCGGGAUCGACAACCCCACAUUCCUUCAAGACACACACGUACCACGGCAGCUGUCGCUUGGCAGCCAGCACACGCAUGCACUGCUGGAGUUGGAGGAGUUGCUGCUGUCGCUGAAGCAGGUUCAAGGCUUCCUGCCUGACCAGCAGAGCCAGAAUGACGUAGAGCUGGUCCUCGCACUACUGAGCAAGUCUGACUUCCAGUCAGCUCUGAAGAUCCAUAAUGCCGUGGCCUCCAGCAUGCACCAACCCUCUCCGCCAUAUCCACACACACAGCAGGCGCUCCCGCUGGCCAUGGAGGUCAGAAAUGUCACACAGUCAUGUCAAAGUAAAGAAGGACUUGAACUCAGCAGCUUGCUGUCGGACACACACAUCCAGUCGUUGCUCUUGGCCCACGACAGCAUAGCGGAGAGGGAAAUGCAGCCGGAGUCGCUGCCUGCCCAAGGAGAAACCCUGACCCAGUGGGGAGGAGAGACCGUCAAGAUAGUUCGCAUAGAGAAGGCCCGAGACGUUCCUCUGGGAGCGACUGUUCGUAAUGAAAUGGACAACGUUGUGGUCAGUCGCAUCGUUCGUGGGGGAGCAGCCGAACGCAGUGGACUUCUCUCAGAAGGAGAUGAAAUAUUAGAGAUCAACGGCAUCGAGAUCAGAGGGAAAGACGUCAACCAAGUCUUUGACAUUCUUGCCGACAUGCACGGCCUCCUGACCUUCGUCUUAAUACCCAGCUCUCAGAGCAAGCCUCCUUCUGUCAAAGAAACGGUGGUCCAUGUGAAGGCACAUUUUGACUAUGACCCCUCUGAUGACCCGUACGUGCCGUGCAGAGAGCUGGGCCUAUCUUUCCAGAAAGGAGAUAUUCUCCAUGUUAUCAGCCAGUCAGACCCCAACUGGUGGCAGGCGUACAGGGACGGAGAUGAGGAUAACCAGCCGCUGGCUGGACUGGUCCCAGGGAAGAGUUUCCAGCAGCAGAGAGAAGCCAUGAAACAAACCAUAGAAGAAGACAAAGAACCUGAGAAGUCAGGGAAGCUGUGGUGCGCAAAGAAGAACAAGAGGAAGCGAAAGAAGAUGCUGUACAACGCCCACAGGAAUGAUGAUCUCGAUGAUGAAAUCCUGACUUAUGAGGAGAUGGCCCUGUAUCACCAGCCAGCCAAUAGGAAGCGUCCAAUUGCGCUGAUUGGUCCAAACAGCUGCGGGCAGGCGGAGCUGAGACAGAGACUUCUCAACAACCAUCCGGAUCGGUUUGCCGGAGCCGUACCUCACACCACACGGAGUCGUCGAGAAGGUGAGCAGAGUGGCCGGGACUACCACUUCGUUUCCCGUCAGACCUUCGAGGCCGAGAUGGCAGCCGGGAAGCUGAUCGAGUCCGGGGACUUUGAGAAGAACCUGUAUGGGACCAGCACAGACUCUGUGAGGCAGGUCAUCAACGCUGGAAAAAUCUGUGUGCUCUGUCUGCACACGCAGGCUCUGAAGGUGCUGAGGAGUUCGGACCUGAAGCCUUACAUCAUCUUCAUCGCGCCGCCUUCCCAGGAACGACUCCGAGCUCUGCUGGCUAAAGACAACAAGAACCCCAAGCCUGAGGAGCUAAGGGACAUCAUAGAGAAAGCCCGAGAGAUGGAGCAGAGCUGCGGCCACCUGUUCGACUCCAUCAUCGUCAACACGGAUCAGGACAAAGCUUUCAGCGAGCUGCUACGACUCAUCAACAAGCUGGACACGGAGCCGCAGUGGGUGCCCAGCUCCUGGCUGCGCUAGCAAGCGCACACGCAGAAACACGCAGAAAACCUGGCCUGGCGUGGUCCGGCUGGUGGACGUAUCAGAGCUGAUGUCACCAUGACUCGACUAAAAAUCCAACUCCUGACCACAAAAUCAGAUUUAUGGUCAAAUAAGUCAAUUUUGUGAGGAAACAUCAGAAUCUUAGAAGAUCGAGUGAUUCACGGAACCAAAUAAGCCAAAACUUUACAAGUUAAUGUCAAAUUCUAAAUAAAUGUGAAUUUUAUGAAGGAAAAUCAUCAUUUGUAAAAUCAAAAAUUCAUCAAAGUGCAAAUCAGAAUAAAAUGAGAUGAAGCUAAAAUUGUACUAAACAAAGUUAAAAGAAGAAAUUUCAAUUAGGAGGCAAAUAAUUGUGAUGAAUUUGUUAUUUUAGAGGAUUAAAUCGAUCACGUUUCAAACAUCUUACCAGCAGAAAUAAUAUUUUUACACAUCUAAACACUGAACAAAAACAGCCCUGGUGACGAGACUUUUUUCUUUCCGACUGUUUCCGGUCUGAAACAUUCUGCUUAACGUGGGUCAUCGCCGUCGUUUCGGCUCCAAAACUCUAAAUCUCUUCAUCCACGUGCCCUCAGUUCAGCUGUAAAAGCUGGCCGACUGUUUUUAGGCCUUUUGGAAAGCGUUAAAGUAAAUAUGUGGUCAUUUAAAUAUGAGAUGAAAUUAUAUUUAUAGAAAACAACUGCAGUGUGUGAUGUGAGCACCCAAAACCUAAAACUAGAUUGUUUCCUCAAAACAUUCCCUUAAAUCUUCGUUUAACUCGGAGUAAAACCGUCUGUUUUUACGUCGUUUAAAGGGUCUUCUAACCGGCCGUGUGUCCGUCUGCUGCAUGCAGUCGUAAACUGGGACCGACAUUUAUCUCAUGUUCGCUCAUCUCACACAACUCUGACUUUAACGCAGAUACAAACUUCAACUGCAGAUUUUGUGGCUUAAUCCUCCGCGAACCGGGAACGCCAGACCUGAUGUCUGCUGAGUUUUUACCUGGUGGCUCAGGUGACGGGAUGAAAGAUCCCGUUUUCCUUGUGUUCCACCCGGAGCUGGGAAUGAUGUCCCAUCCGUGUUAGACAUGUUUCAUUUGCAUGUGUGUCCCUUAUUAACAACACCGGAGUCAUAAAUCCGAAUUUGGGGGCGAUCCAUUUGACCUUUUCUUUAGGAUAACUGUCCCAAACCAGUCUUCCACCAGGUUCUGGUUCCUGUUCAGCUUCAGAACCUUCGAAGAACCAGUUUUUUGUUCCUCCGCUGAAGCAGGAUCCUGAUUUCUCCGCAGUGAUCAGUAGUUUUAUCCUGAUGUGUCAUUAUUGUGAUUAUAUACACAUCUGGGAUCCACCAGGCUGAGGAUCCCGUAUGUAUAACCAGGAAAACGAUAUGUGAGGAUCCCUCAGAGGGUCCUCGAGGCUCGGUGUCCUGCAGGUUUUAGAAGUUUCUCUGCUGCAACACACUUGAUUCGGACUGACUUGUGCAGAGCUUGAAGAUUUGAGUCAGGUGUUUUUGCAGCAGGGAAAGUUGUAAAACCUGCUGGACCCCGGUCCUCCAGGACCAGGACUGAGGAUCCCUGAUAUAGAAAAUAUUAUCAGAUUAGUUCCACUAUUUAUUUAUUUAUUUCUUAUUUUGCCUUCUAUUUUUUGUGAUUGAAUUGGGCUCAAAAUCAGCAGAAAUGAUCUUAAAAACUUUCCAACAAACCAUCAGCGUCUGUUAAAGUUUGGAUUUUACCAGCUGACAUGAAAUCAGGAUAAAAACUUGCAGAUUUUACUGAAGAUAAAAUCCCAGCUACUGGUUGAUGGUAACGGCGCUGGUUUCGGUAACCAAACAUCAGUCAGUGUUUGUGAACGCCGCCAUGUUGAAUCUUUACCCCACAGAUUAGGCCCGUCAGGUUUCUGUUAGAGGGAAACCAGACCAGCGCUCUCCAUGUUUCACUUCAAUGAAACAUCAGCCGUCUUAACUUCACCUCCGCUGGGUUUAAUAAACAGCUCGGUUCAUUAAAACUAUGGUAUGACCACCAGCUGACCGCCACACAGCCCAGACCAGCUGAUCUAGACCAGUCUGUUUCCAUUUGGUGAAAUUUCCAUAGAACCAGAACUGGAACCAAACGGUUCCAGAUGAUGGACCUGGAUCACAGAGAUCUCUUUUCUUUUGAUUCUUUUGUUUGUUUUUUAUUCUGUGAUCAUCUCAAACAUUGUGAUUAUAUUUAAAUCCGGUGCAGAGAAUCGGUGUAAACGUUUGAUUUGGAAUCGGAGAGAAAAGAAGAACAGACGUGGAAAUAAUCCACAAACACUGAGACACUGGUCCUGCUUUGAAGAACGCACAUCGUAUACGUUUCACAUCACCACAGUGCAUUAGCUGCUGACUUCUUCCUCCUGUACGGGCCCCACUGGACCCUGACUGGACCGGACCUGACCUGACCCGACCAGACCGGACCGGACCCUGACUGACCCCGACUGACCCCGACUGACCGACCCUUCUGUUAGGACCCAAAUAAAACACUAAAAGGAAGGACGCAGCACUUGUUUCUGACCCCACCUGUGACCUCUGAGCCCUGCAGGCUGAAGAACGGCUGUAGUUUUUGUCGUCGCGUUCGUGCACGUUGCCGAACUCACUGAAUAUUUAGUGUGUGAGUGUGUGAACGUGUGUGUGCGCCACCGUCUUUGAAGACGGAGAAGUAUUAUAAUGAGCUGAAGUAGACCGGACACCUUAUCACUGUCACCACUGUGUAGAGCCUUUAUAUAUUUGUAAUGUUGAACAUAGAUUUAUGAAGUUCAGAAAGCACCAAUAGGAUCACAGCUUUCACUCCUGUAACCUCCCUGCUAUUGGUCCAGGAGCACAAAGGAGGCGGGGCUAAAGUGGAAUUAACUGUAUUGAAUGUAAAGUUCAUUGAAACCACUUCUGACGUCACUUCUUGAGACAAACUGCCUUUUUUUUUUUCUUUUGAUAUUCACAAUGAAUA